AUGGCGACAAGAACUGCUUCCAAUCUCCUCGAGGAGCUAUGUCAACGCUCCACACUCGACUGCGACACGAUGGACCUAGACUUUGUCAAGGAGUUUACGGCCAAGCGAGGUCCUUUUGCCGACUGCACCUCGAACCAGGCAAUUGCCUACUCCGAGGCAUCGCGAACGGACUCAAACGGACAAUACGUCCACGCGGACCUCAUCAAGCAGGCGGCCGAGUAUGCCAGGAAGGUCCAGGCCGAAUCUGGUUCGGGUGACAUUUCUGUCGAGGCGCUAGCCGUCGAGUACUUGAUUGUCAAGUUGUUGCUCCGAUUUAUCCCCUACCUCACUGGCUAUGUUCUGUUUCAAAUUGACCCCAAGUAUGCCUACGACACGGACAAGAUUGUCGCCACUGCUGAGACUCACUCUUCACCAGGAAUCCUCGCCAUGGUCAAGAAAUCCGAUCCCGACUUCGACUCCAAGCGACUCUGCUUCAAGAUCGUCUCUACGUAUCCCGGUCUCGCCGCGGCCAAGAUCCUCGAGAGCAAGGGUGUUGCGGCGCUGGGAACUGCUCUGUUUUGUAUGGAACAGGCGUCUUUGGCCGGACAUAUGGGGUGUACUUACAUCUCCCCCUAUUUCAACGAGCUCAGGGUGCACUUUGACAAAGACUUCCAAGACCAACAUAAAGCCACCAGCCUCUGCCGCGACGCAGCAGCCUAUUACUCCGCCCACUCCCAGAAAACCAAAGUAAAGGCCGCCAGCUUCGUCUCCGCCGACGAAGUGAUGCACCAUGCCGGCGUAGACUACAUCACCGUCUUCCCGCCCGUCAUCAAGGAGCUCUCCGAGACGCCCGUCGCCAACAUGCCCGUCGAGGAGGUGGGGAAGUACAUGUCCUCCUCGCCCGAUGAGACUGCUUGGAAGGGUUACGAGGAGGCUGCCGCGGGUGGAAGGGAGGUUUGGGAGGAAAAGUUUAACGGGAGCGGGGGAGGGGAGAAUGCGAGGAAGUUGAGGGAGGCGAUUGAGACGUUUUCGGGAGAGCAGAAGAAGUUGGAGGAGUUGGUGAGGAAAGUCGCUGGGUGA